AGGAGAGUGACAAGUAAGGAACCAGGGCUGGUCACCUGCUUCCUUGUCUACCCUUGGCUACCUGAAAAGAGGCAAAUAAAAAUGACCUUUAACCACUGAGAUGCUAAUGACUGGACCCUUUUGAUGAACAGAGCUACUGACACAGGCAGUUGUCUUCGGGAGCCCAGGUCCUGCUUCUUCCCUUUGGGGUAUCCAGGCACCAAAGCAUACAGACGCUGGACCGACCAGAAGGAAUGAAGCUUAGUGACGCAGGGGCAGCUGUCUGAACUCUUGGCCAAGGCUGGUGAACUGCCUGCCAUCCCACAGUUCAACCCUCUACGUCUGCCACUGCAUGGAAGCUAGGAGCCGGGCUUCCAAAAGACAGCUGUGCCAGUCUGGCCCUGGCCCUUGGCUGGCCCUGGCCUAUCUGCUCAGCUGCCUGUUUGCCUCCAGCAAGGCCAAGGUCUUCAGUCGCUGUGAGCUUGCCAAAGUGCUGCGUGACUUCGGCCUGGACGGCUACCGGGGAUAUGACCUGGCUGACUGGAUCUGCCUUGCUUACUAUACAAGCGGUUUUAAUACAGCUGCUGUGGACCAUGAAGCUGAUGGAAGCACCAACAAUGGCAUCUUCCAGAUCAACAGCCGGAAGUGGUGCAAAAGUCUCGCCCCAAGUGGCCUCAACAUUUGCCAUCUAUACUGUAGUGAUUUGUUAAGCCAAGACCUCACAGAUUCUGUCAUCUGUGUCAUGAAGAUAGUUCAAGAGCCUCAGGGUCUGGGCUAUUGGGAGGCCUGGAGGCACCAUUGCCAGGGCAAAGACCUCAGUGACUGGGUGGAUGGAUGUGAAUUCUAGGACCCUCUCUGGAUGGACCAACCUACACACAGCUGGCUGGGAAGUGUGGUUUUGUUCCUGACGAAGGCUUGGGAAGACAAGCCAACUCAUAAAAAUCUAAUUUGCCAUAAGCUUGUGUCUCAGCUCUCUGAGGGUCUGGAGGUGCCUGGCUGGUCUCUCAUUUCACUUGCUCACCUGGGCUUGGCUUCAGGUGGAGUUCAAGAAGCCUAUAAUGAAAGGCUGGAGGACAGGGAUGAUGCUUACCUUCCUCACACCUGGCAGAGUUUGGGUCUAAAGUUUCCAAAGUUAGCAAAAGCAAAAACCAAACAAUAGGAUGCCCUGGUUAAAUUUGAACUUCAAACACACCACAAGUAGCUUUAACGUGCAAGUAUAAUACAAAUCUUGUAUGGCUCAUACUAAUAUUAAAGA